UAUGAUUAGCUGUUUGACCAUAUUACGAUAUAAAAUAAAAACAAAGUCUAUAUAAAGCUUUCUGGCGAAGUUUUCGGCAGUUUCUUGUUAUGAUGUGUUAUCAGACAUUCCAAGACUGAAGUGAAACAAUGGCAGAGGAGAAGGUCCAGCUACCCUUUGGCUGGAUUGUGAAGCAGUCCAAGUCCUACCCUGACCGCAUCUACUACUUCAAUAUAAACACCGGGGCCAGCACAUGGCAGUUUCCAGAUCUCCUACAGUCGUACAUGACUAAUCAAGAGAAGUCCCUGUCAGGUCUGCCAGUACUGUCAGCCACCUCACUACAGUCCCCAGACCCAGACUGCGAUCCUCCGUGCCUUGGCUUUCCUGACAAACCAGAGAACCAGUCUGGAAAUGUUGAAAACCAGUCUGGUAAACAUGAUAACCAGUCUAGAGAAUUGGAGAACCAGUCUGGAGUACAUAAGAACAAGAACGUGUCUAGUUCUAAACCUUGUUUUCCUUUGAACGAAGGCAGAAAGGGUGUAAAAGAUAUGUUGAAGAAGGUUAGGAGCAAUUCUUUGCCUAGAUAUUUAUCACAGGACAAAUCAAGGGAUGUAUCUCCUGCUCAGGUACCACGUGAUAAGACAGUCAAUUCAACAAAACAGACUCAGUUUGCUGGUGCUAGUUCAAGGAAAAUGGAUACCGAAAGAAGACAUUCAAUUAAUAGUGUUGGGUCUGUUAAUUCUGAAAGCAAAAGAUUGAGUUCUCAAGACAAAAGUCACAGUACAAUGGUAACGUCAAUCCAAUCAAAGGAGGCUGUGAUAAAUCAAGAUUGUGGAACACUGAAGCACAGUAAUAAUUCCAUGUCAGAGAGAAUAGGUGAGUCACCUAAACUCAGUCAGGGGAAAGGUCCAAAAGAAAGGAUACUUAAUGUUAGUAAAGAGAAUAUAGUAGAAGCAAUCAAGGAGUUGCAGCAAGUUAGCGAUAUCCUCAGGGCUGACCUGAGUAAGACCAAAGAUUUUGUUGGGCUAUCUACUCCAAUAGGUAGAAGGGUACCAGCAUCUUCAACUGGUAAAGAUGUAGCAAGUGUAACAAGUAAGAAAGAAAAUGAGAAGGCUAAGCCUAGAGUUGAUGAGACGUGUGAACGGCAGUAUAAAUCCAAAUGUAAAAUAUCCCCUGUGAAAGCCCCUAAGCAGAGUGUUAACUUAGACAAGAAACUCGGCCAAUCGGUUUCUAAAGUUGCUAGUACUUCUCAUAUUGAGAAGAAUGAAGCACCUGGAAUGAAAAGAAAGAUUGUUAUCCAAAAUGAAGAUGUUGAUAAGAAAUCAAAUUGUGAAGUGGUGCUUCCUCUAUCAAAAAGAUUUAAGUCUUGCACAGAUAAGUCAGUUAUGAAGGUUACAGCUAAUGACAAGGCGAAGGACAAAUGUGUGAAAAAUACAGACCUGGAAAAGAGACAAAUCAAGGGUUCUGAUGAUGGUAGUGAUAAACGAAAAGUUGUUAAACAAAGACAAUCAAAACAAAAUGAAAGUCGAAAAAUUUCAUUAAAAGAUACAAAACUUACAAACCUGAAACCAGAAACAAUAAACAAUUCAUUGCAAUCCCAAACUGAUUAUGACUUGAGAGUUAACACCAGUGCUAAGUCUGAAAGUUUUAAUUCUGAUGACAAGGUACGAAAACUGAAGGGAGGCUUCAGAUUUGAUGGAGAAACCAAUGAUGAUGAUGAUGAUGACGUUGGCGACUCUAACAACAACACAGAGCUGAGGCUGUUUAUUGGGGAAAAGGAAAAGCUUGUAAGUAUACAGUCAUGGAUCAACAACCUAGAGGACGGUGGGUUCUCGUCAGAUAGCUCAUCACAGGACUGUUUUAAACAGCUAACUACGGGAUUGUUCAACCAAUCACAAGACAGUGGUUUUCACUCCACACUUGUGUCGCCACAACAGAAAGAGAGAGGAUGGCCAGGAGAAGCAAAGAAGGUUGACAUCACUUCCCGUAACCUAGUUUCCAUGGAGAUUGAGGAAUGUUUGGUGCCUAAACAACCACUGGAGACUAAGACCCAGGUGGAGACCUUUAGAUAUGAGGAGGAAGAUAUGGAGAUUGAUAACGUGCUGACAGAGGUGCGGAGCCAGCUCAAGUGUGAGCCGGGAACUGGAGUAGGCUGUAUUGAUAUCCCUGUGGAGAGCUGCACAACUAGGGGAGAUAAAUCUUCUUUGACUGAACUAGAGCUACUGGUAGUCCUGGACACAAAUGUGCUCAUCUCUAACCUGGACAUGGUCGAUGAUCUCAAGGACUGGAGCAUACAAGGUUUGGGCUGGGUGUGUUUGUAUGUCCCCUGGAUUGUGUUGAUGGAGCUGGAUCGCCUCAAGUCCACCGUCAGUCAUGGGAAACCGUGCCUGUCCUCCAGAACCCAGCAUCAGGCGAGGAAAGCCAUCUCAUUCCUUAAGCUGCUGUUCACUUCAAAACACCCCAGAAUAAUUGGUCAAACAGCCAAACAGAUGGAGACAGCCAGGGAGGAGUUUGAGGCAGAAUGUAAUGAUGACCGGAUCCUCCAGGCAUGCCUGCAGUGUCGCCAUAAAUAUGGAAAUGCUAUCUUGUUCUCCAACGACCACAAUCUCUGUAUCAAAUCUUUGGUCACAGACAUUCCAGCCUUCAACUCAAAGGAUAUUCUUAGUGGAAUAGAAAAUGUUGCCGCGGAAAUGAAACAAUCCAAAACCACUGUUGACCAGAUCUCUGUACAACUUCAAUCACCAUUUCAACAACAGCAGAAAAAACUACAGCCCCAACAGCAGCAACAACAGCAGCAACAGAGAACAAUAUCCCCAGUAAAUACAGUUGCCAUGGAAACAGGAAAAUUCCCACCAGAAGUCCAGAACCGCGAAGUCCAGUUUAACACAAAAGUGGUUAAAAGUGGAGAUAACAGCAUGGCCAAUGGGCAGUGCAUGAAGAAUCUGCUGGACAACAUUUUCUGCAAGUUGAAGAUGUCCCUUAACCAGGUGAUGGGACACAUACUAGAGUUCGAGAUGAAUGAAGCAUAUGGGGAUAUCUGGCAUUCCAUAGUACUCAGAAAGCCCCCAUGGUCGCUGAAAGAUAUACUGGAGUGUUGGAAAAAACACUGGAUGGCGGUGUUUGGAAUGGUGUUACCACGACGACUCAUCCACAAUGUUCAGACACUCAUUGACCACUUCUCAUACACACAAGGUCACACAGUUGACAUGAUGGCCAGAGGAAGUGCUGACGCCAUGGAGAUACUGGAGGAGUGUGUCAAGAGAAAAGUAUACGGUCCAACUGUUGAGGAGAUGACAAGGUGUGUGAAGUGUAUGAAGGACCUCUGUCGUGGCCUCCACACCAAGAAAAUGCUCCCUCAGAACAUUCCCAGUCUGGAGGAAUACCUCAAAUCUAGUCUUGGAACACUGCCUGUCAUAUCAGUUCACAAGACAUCUUCCAUUUUACCAUCAACUGCCACAUCAGCCUCUAUAACUCGAAAUGCUAACAUAUCAUCAACUGACCAUAGUGCCUCUAGUCAAACUUGUGUUCAAAAUGUUGCUCAACCAUUCCAGAAAAACAAUGGAAGUAACCAGUUUAUUCCAGAAACUGUGACCCCUAAUAUUUCAGUGAAAUCCGUUCCCUUCAAGUCUGUGAUAACAACUUCUACUUGCAAGACAAGUAAACAUGGUGCCUGCAGACAGAAUAAUGACAAAGUUGGUGAUGUCAAGUGUUCAAGUCAGAUUAAAGCUUCCUCUAAUGUGAUGGAUAAAUCAGAGAAAGAUGUAGCUAAUACUGCAAAAACAACUGUUAUGAGGGGAAGUAACAUUAAUCAAUCAGAAGGUGUAUCUGUUGUAAUUAAAACAGGAACUAAUAAUAUGCAAACAGAAAAUGAUGUGAUAAUGAAAGACAAAGAUACUUCAAAAGAAGAAACAACCAUAAAAAGUGGAAGUGACCUACCUACAGUAGGAAGUGAUGUCAGAGCUGCUGCUAUGACAGCAGGGCAGAAAUUAGAAAGGAUUUGGAAGUGCAUUCACAAGAGUUGCGAAGAGAUCCACUUUGGAUUUGAUGUUGUCAGUGUUCCGGAAACCAUGGUAACCAAACUACAGUUGCUCACCUCCUCUGUAAUGGAGCUCAGGAAACCCUAUGUUGGAUUGUUGGAGACUGCUGUUACAGAGUUGAACACACGAGAAUCUGAUUUUUUGUCUCUAUGCAAUAUGUGCAAUUCCUUCUUCUCUAGAUUUGACAUUCCAGAACCGGAGCCGGCCAUCACAGUGACACCUGUCCAGAUGCUGACACUCUACAGCCUUACAGAGUUCAGGGCCACCCUGUGUCAGUUCCACAGUCAGCUGGAUGACAUGCUGCGCUUCCUCUACCAGUUUGUACAAGCACUAGCGCCCGAUGACUGAAAACAUUGGAUGCUUUGUCUAUUUGAGAACAAUUUUGGACGCUACUUGAACACAACCUCUAUUGGUUUGUACACGCUCAAGCACCUGAUGACUGAGGGGAUAUUUUUGUUCUUCUCAAACCUCUUCUGGUGCCUGUCCUCUAACUGUACAUGCAAGUGAUAGUACCUAAUGACUUACAAGAUUGGACAUUUGUUAUUCACUUACUGACACUACAGUCCCCAAUUUUAAUUAUUGUCCAUUUUUUAAUGGUUAUCCUUUGUUGUUAAGCGAAGUGGAUAUGGUUCUUAAUUUGGUGGGGGAUAUGGCAGUCUCCGACUGCUCUUGUUUGUUUUUUCUCAUCUUCAUAUGAUUUACAAAAUGGACUCUAUGCAUUAACACUUUUGGCUUAUAAUUCUUUACUAAACAAUUGAAUAAUACUAAUUCAUUUCUGCUUAAUCCAGUACAUUAUAUGGGAUUGACAUCACCAUGCAGCAGUAUGUUUGUACAAAGCAUUGAUCAUGUUUAUUAAAUAUUGACUAGUUUAUCUAUUUUGAAAGUUUAUUUUCAAGUUUCUUUUUGCAGAGAUUACUGAUUUUGUAUUUUGCAAAGAAUUAAUUAUGUUUAUUAAUUAUUUACAGAUACCUUUGUUUUGAAAGUUAAUUUUUAAAUUUUCCUUUGCAUGUUUGAGAUACAAUAUAUUUGAUUAACUUUCAGUAUAUAAUUAAAAUGUUUACGGAGGCCGUUUCAAAAAUUAUCUUAGACAAUUUAAGUCGUAGAUUGAUAAUAUCUUAGUGUCAUAGUUCUAUUUUUCGGUUAACAUAUUUGAGUGAAUUGAAACAUUAGCUAGUAUUAAAAAUGAGCAAAUGGUUUGAGAAAUAAAACAAUAAAUGUGUUGAAAUUUGGGAUUUUUUUUACAGAUUUCAGAUUUUUAUCAAUUUAUGACUAAGAUACCUUAUUGAAAUGGCCUCUGAACUGGACUAGUUUCCUUGCUGAUUUAAACCUAUGUACUCAUAUCAAUUUAUUGUGAGAUGGCUAAAGGGACCUACAUUGUUUCAGAUUAACCAGUAUGUCAGAUAAUAAUAUAUAAGUCAUGAACAUUGAAACUGAUAAGAAAAUAUGGUGAAUCAGUGGGGUUUUUUUACACAAAAGUAUGUAUCUCAAAUCAAAUCAAUGAAAAUAAAGUACUUUCAGAUAGUAUGAAGCAAUUAUAUUAUUUGUUAAGUGAGAUACUUAACUUAAAAAAAUGAUUUAAGAUAAAAAAUGUCUUAAGAUGUUAUAUGGAUACCAGCCCAGUAUAGCUAACCAUAUAUUAUAUUUAAGUUCUGAGAUAAUUUUCUUAAGCGAAAGUACUUCUGACAAAAAUUGAUGACAAUAAUUCUGUUAACAUCUUGCGCACAGGCAGUUUAUAGCCUAGGUUAAAAUAGAAGCCGUUCACAUGACUGUCCUUUUUUUGCGCCAAAGAUUCGGGAAUACAUUUGUAUGCUACAGAGGGUUCGUACGAAGUUUUUAAUUUUCGGGCCCUAAAUUACUACAACCUUGUUACUCAGAUAACGUUGAGAAUUAAUGUUGAGAAAACCCUGACAACCUCUUUAUGUUUUUAGAACCUAUUUGUAAAGAGCUAAAUCAUGAUUGUUAAGAUAUUAACUCUAAUGAAACUUAUUUGGACCCCUUUUAGUCCAAGGUCAGUGAUUAAUUUUUCAUUUAUUUUUUUCUUUGUGAAUAACGAUUAUUUUGGUGUUGGCGUCAGAUCAUGUUAUUUACUUGAACUCAAAAUAUGAUGUUCAGAUGGCCUGACUUCAGUGUAAUUUUCAUUGAUUAUCAAAGAAAAUCCAUGUGUUACAGUUACAUGGUGAUUUAGUCAUUGUUCUAGUCAAUAUGUUGCUCACUUUGUUAACACUUAAUUAAAUUCUAGUUAAUAAAAAAUAUGAAAUAUU